UCAGGCAGGCAAAGUUCACCAUUCCCCUCCCCCGCCCAUACCUGGGGCCUCUGACACCCAAGGCCUAGAAGCUCAGGCACUCGGCUCAGCUCUGACCUGCCGUACAGCAUGGCAGCCCCUAAGGGCGUGGCCCACGGCACUGCUAGCCGUACAACAUGGCCGCCUACAGAGCGCGAACCGCUCCCCCUCACGCCCAAUCACCGGAAGUUUCCGUUUGAAAGCCGGGCGGCAGACCCGGUAGCUGGUGCGGCAGUUGCCGAGGAGCCUCCUUUGAACCAGGGCAACGAGGGCUGCGGGCAGGAGCUGCAGGAGCCUGGGGCCCAGCCGUGCCGCCUCGUUACGAUGACCAGCGUGGUUAAGACGGUAUACACUCUGCAACCCCCCGCUGUGCAGAGCGGCGGCCUGCCGGCAGACACACAAACUCGAGCCACUUCUAAGAGUCUAUUACCCGUUAAGUCCAAAGAAGUGGAUGUUUCCAGACUUCAUUCAGGAGGUUCAGAGAAUGAUGUUACAAAAAUCACCAAACCAAGACGAGAGAAUGGGCAGGUAAAAGCUGCAGACACUGCCAUGAGGAGGAACAUCAGAAAGAGCUGCAAACCGCCGGGUAAGCAGAAACCAGAGGAAGAGCUCAAGGACAAGAACCAGCUCUUAGAGGCCAUCAACAAGCAGCUGCACCAGAAGUUGACUGAAACUCAGGGAGAACUGAAGGACCUGACCCAAAAGGUGGAGCUGCUGGAGAAGUUUCAGGACAACUGCUUGGCAAUUUUGGAGAGCAAGGGCCUCAACCCAGUUUUAGGCUGUGAGACCCUGGCAUCACAGCGGGAAUCCGCCGCAGAUCACACGGACUCUAUGUUGCUGUUAGAAACUUUGCAGGAUGAGCUGAAGUUUUUUAACGAAACGGCCAAAAAGCAGAUGGAAGAGUUACAGGCCUUAAAAGUCAAGUUGAAGAUGAAAGAAGAAGAGAGGGCCCGGUUCCUAGAACAGCAGACAUUAUGUAACAAUCAAGUAAAUGAUUUUACGGCAGCCCUGGAGGAAAUGGAGCAGCUAUUAGAAAUGUGAUAAAAAGCAAGUGACCAGAUGGCUCCCACAGGGGAAGCCACUCAGGACAUCUGCUUCUUGGCCAUGACCUUCUAGAACUCACCGUCCCCAGAAUGGAGACAUUUGCUGCAGUAGGAUUAAGGACAGAUAGAAUGGCGCUUCCUCCUUCAGGCAAGCGAACGCCACCCUCGGACUGGUGGGUUCCCCCGACCUCACACACACAUAAUCGAGGCCGACAAGGGAGUGGGGGGUGCAGAAGCUUGGAUCGACCUUCUAGGCAACAAAGCGGCAGGCUAUUAGAAUCAGGAGACUAAACCAGCCACAGCCAGAGGAUCCCAAAGGUCACAUUCAGAUGUGUAGGAAGAAAACCUUAAUUGUGCAUUUGGAGUGCAGAGGCUCCACGGGAGACAUCAGAAGCGAUGCUGUCCCCUUCUAACUUGGAACACAUUCCGUCUCAUCCUGGUUGGGCUCUAGACCUCAUUGUAAAUUAAUGAACGUGAAGUUAUUGAAAUGGCUUAAUAAAUGGGGUGAAGGUAUAGAUAGCAAUAACACCUACCUGAAAUAAUACACUUUGGAGCUUUUAAUCUAAAUCACUUCUUUUAUUUUUUAUUAAGUGCUACUUUUAAAAUAAAUAUUUCUGUGACUAUCCAGACUACAACACUGAGAAAUGAAAAGAAACCUUUUAACUGAAGUAUGUCCACCAAAUACUCUUGACCUAAUCCAGUGAACAAGUUCAAGACUCCAAUGUAACCCAGAAUAUUUUUCUUCCACUUCAGUGCUCUGUGGCUAGCCCUGCUGUCUUCCAGGAGCGGUAGCUGGUCUUCUGAGGGUGUCCCCUGUUUGUGGCAGUGGGUGCCCGACUCCAUCCCCCAGCUUUGUGCCACUAGCUGCCUGUGCUCUCCCUAUAUUCCUGAGCCUGCUGAUCUACUGCUCUUUGCACAGCCAAUCCUAGGCCUGGCCCCAUGGAUCCCUCGGUAGCUGAGGUCCGUGGUAGGCUUCCCCCUGGGUUUACCAAAGGCACAGCUCUAUUUCCUUUCUUAGUUGAUCUAGGCAGGCUUUGGCUUUGGCUUUGACUCUCUUCCAUGUUUUUCUGCAUCUCCCAAUUUCUUCACCAACCUCCCCCCUCCACUCUUGCUACCACCCAGUCAGGCCAAGGAACACCCCCAACCUAACUUUUCAGGGCUGUUUCUUUGCCUUCCACGCAGACAUUCACACAGUUGGUUAUGUCCCAAAAAUUAGGAGGGGGGGAAACCCAGUUACAUAACUCUCACCCGUGAGAAGAGCUGAAUAUUUUCCUGUACCCAUUUUCAGCAUGUUUAUACUUUAAAAGAUUGUUUACCCAAAUGAAUUUGUAAUUGGCAUUUCUGCCCUCCCGCAAAAAAAGUUCUACUUCCUUCUUGGCAGGAGAGGGGGAGAACCCAGCUGUGGGAUCCUCACCUCCUUGUCUGGCCUCCCUAGUUAACACCUAGGAAUGUAACUCUCAGUGCCUGUGACUCCUCUCGCCCAGUGCCGAAACCCUGGUGGCUGGCGGCCUGGGCUCCCAAGGGGCCUUCACCUCACAGUUCUUUGUAGCACCAGCCGGCACUGGUGCACCUUUGCCUUUUCUCUUGAUUCCUCCGACCUCUGUUGCUCCAUCUGCCUUUGGUACAUGUGGAGGUGUUGUGGGUGCUUCAUCUGUUCUGCAGGCUGGAUGAACCCAUGCUAGAGAAACUCAGCAAAUAGUGACCUGUACCCUCCACUUUGCCAGAUGCUCUAGGAAACUUUAAUGUAGCAUGGCAUUCUUAACCUCAAAGGUGCUUGCAAUCUAUUUGGUAAAACUUACAUGUGCAGGUGACAUAUAAGUGAAAUAACAAACACCAACACUUUACUAACUAUGGGCUGUGUGGCAUAGUUGUGUGCUCUAGUAGUUCACUAUGGGCUAGUUUGGUUGCAGAGGGCUUGAUGAAAGACAUAGACUGGAGACUGAAGGAAGAGUAACAGUUGGAGAGGCUAGCUGGAAAGUGGAGGACCUUGCAGGUCGGUGAGCACGUGGAGGUUUGGGGAGAGGAGCAAGCUCGGUAGCCCCACUUCCCUUCCCCACACCUCGCCCUCUGCAUCUCUUGUGCCAGGCUCUUCCUGAGUUACAGCCUGUGUGGUAAACUGAUUACCUAGUAAAUAAAAGGUUUCUCUAAGUCUGUGAACUGCUCUAGCAAAUGAUAAACCCAAGGAGGCGGGGGGUGCCAUUGGAACCUCCAGGGAGAAAAUAAAAUCAUGAAAUGCUGAAGGAAAGAAUAGAGCUGAAGGGAUAUCUGGAUGAGUCUUGGGGAAGUGAGUUGGGGAACUGGGCUUGUUCAGAGGUUCAAGGUGAGGGGAUUAUGUCUGACACUUAAUUGAGCACUUGUACUCUGCCAGAUACACAUAACCCCUUGCUGCACUUCUCAGGUAGUCCUCAUUACCAUCGCAAGGUAAGCACUAUUACCUCUUUUUACAGCUGGGGAAAUAACGCUCAGAGAUGUUAGGUUGAUUUACCCAAGGUCAACAAGCAAAUAUUGGAGAAAAAUUUGAGCCAGGGAAGAGUGGGGUGGGAGGUACUUGGUGUUAGUAGAAGUCUUGAUCCUUGAAUGCCAGGCUAAGAAGUGUGGAUUUUUAUCAUCUAGGCCAGAGGUUUCCAAACUCUCUCAGUUCAUGAUGCCCCUAGUUAAUGUCCUAGUAAUAUUUAUGACACCCAAAGAAAUAUCAGUGGUUCUAUUUUAAGUGAUCAGAUCCAACAACUUAGCAGGUAUUUGAAAAAGUAUUUUUUAUUUCGUUUUUAAAUAACUACAAUUAUUCACUAAUCCACACAAAAUGAACAAACUUUUUAGAAUCGCUAAAAGUAAGAAGGAGGGGCGCCUGGGUGGCUCAGCAGGUUAAGCAGCCAGCUCAGGUCAUGAUCUCAGGGUCGUGGGAUCAAGUUUUGCCUUGGGCUGCGUGCUCAGCGUAAUCUGCUUGUCCCUCUCCUUCCCCAUCUGUGCCUCCACCACCCCCCACCAUCUCUGCUAAAAAAAAGUAAGGAGUUUUAUUAGGACCCAAAUUAGGACAGCUGUCUGGGGAAACAUGCUCUUCACAAAGAAGAAAGUGCUCUGGAGAAUGAACAGGUUUGUUUGUUUUUUAAAGAUUUUAUUUAUUUAUUUAUUUAUUAGAGAGCAAGAGAGAGAGAAACAGCAUGAGAGGGGAGAGGGUA